UGUCAAUUAACCCUUUGGUAAUCACAAGCGGUUUGACAAAAAAUGUUUGCUCUGAAAGUAGGACUAGUGGUGGUGUCGAUGAUAUCGGUGGCCAUAGGGGCGGGCAUACGUGCGGCGCCCUAUUAUAUGCCACUCGACAACAACGGCCAGGACUUUGAUAUGGCGAAAGUGAUUCAGGCCUCGGGUGUCAAGCAAUUCAUUUUGGCCUUUGCUUUGGCCAGCGAUGACGGCCAGUGUAUACCCACGUGGGACGGAAAGCUCAAUCAAAAGGUGGCCGACGACACAGUAGUGUUGGGCAAAGUGAAGGCAAUCCGUGCCGCCGGUGGCGACGUCUCGGUCUCGUUCGGCGGCUAUAAUGGCGUCGAUUUGGGCAAAGCGUGUCAUGACGUCAACUCAUUGGCCAACGCCUAUCAGAUCGUGAUCGACAAGUACUCGUUGACGAACGUGGACUUUGAUGUAGAACAUGAUAACUUGGGCGAUGUGCAGGGUGAAACUCGGCGAUUCCAAGCCAUCAAACUGUUACAACAAAAAGCAAAGUCUAGUGGCAAACAACUGUUUGUGACCCUAACCCUACCCUCGACUACCGUUGGUCUGAGCGAUUUGGGCAAGAAUGAGAUUAAACGCGGAGUGGAACUCGGUGCUAAAAUGGACCUGUAUAAAAUUAUGGCUUUCGAUUACGGUGGUCCCGGUGCCGAUCAGGUGAAUAGCGUGAUCAGUGUUAUGGAGCAAAUUCACAAACAACUCAAAGAGCUGCGAAAGGACCUAAACGACCAACAGGUAUACGCAGCUACUGGACUCAUCUUAAUGAACGGCCACACAGACCAACCAUCGGAGUUGUAUACCAUCGAUACUUUCCGCAAACUCAUUGAUUACGCGAACCAAAAGCACCUUGGUCGAGUUUCCUAUUGGGCACUAAACAGGGACAGGAAGUGCACCAAACCGGUGGGUUGGGUGGACGGCAGCUGUUCUUCACUUGAACAACAGCCCUGGGAUUUCACCAAAACUUUGGCUAACUUUCAUUAGAGCAAUACUAUUUAAUUAUAGUAAAUAAUAGAUUUUUUGUUGCAUAUAAAAUAUUAUGAUAAUAAAUAAAUAAUAAUAAAUUUAUAAAAUGCA